CCAGAACGGAUAAACCCCGACCUCAACCAGAAAGGCUACAGCGUCAAGUCAGACAUCUGGAGUCUAGGAAUCACGAUGGUGAGUCACAGACAUGAUUGGGACCAAAUCCUGGAUUGAGAUGACGUAAACUGUGCAUUAACGUCAAGUACAUCCAUUCAUCUCAAAUCGGCAUUCUACCAGAAACAACCACACCAAUUCUAUCAACAGCAGGGUCAUGUUCAUUAGGCACCACACAGAAGAAAAUGGGACUGAAACGGGGAGGGGCUACCUGAAUUGAUGUUAUUGUAUUCUGUUGCAACAUUAGUUUUACGGUGUACCCUAAUGAAUACAACCCUGGUCUGAGUGAUGAUUCUACUGUGUUGUCUCGUGAUGAUAAAUACCAGGCUCCAUAGUUGAAAGAUGAGCUCCUGCCUGCUGCUCUCUGUGGGUUAACAAACCUCUGUGGGUCUGUCUGGUCUUCUCCCCCCUGCCCCAGAUUGAGCUGGCCAUUUUGAAGUUCCCCUACGACUCUUGGGGUACACCCUUCCAGCAACUGAAGCAGGUAGUGGAUGAGCCCUCUCCACAGCUGCCCUCGGACCGCUUCUCCCCUGAGUUUGUGGACUUCAGCUCCCAAUGGUGAGCCCAUCUCUCUCUCUCCCUGUCUGCGUUCCAAAUGGCACCCUCUUCCCUAUUUAGUAUGGAUGGGCAUGAGCACUCGAACAGACGUCAAAACGUGCUUUUUAACCAGAGAUCCAUUUUUCAUUUUUUAUAUAUACUGUAAAACUAUUUGGUGGAAUGGUUCCACACUGAAAAUAUACAAAAACAUUAGUUUGAAAAAGACAAUGAGAUGUGUUUUCAUCAGAAUCAUUAAGCCUAAACCCACUAAACCAAAGUGAUGUCGUGGCUGUAAUUCAUCACCGUGCGCAGUGUUCAAUGUGGAAUUGUUAAUCCGUUUAGAAAAUUCAAAAGAACAGGCAGGGUAAACUAAAUCGAAAGUCUGAAGGCCUAUAUCGAAAAGCCAGAUUUUGGUUUGUAACCUUGAAGAAAUUGUAUUUCAACCAAACUAAGCCCCGUUUCAAAUGAUCACUCUUUGAGAUUAACUGUUCCAGAGGCGCAUCACUUCGCACUGGCAACAUUUUUCAUUUGGAAAAAUAUUCUGUUCUGUUUUAUUGUGUUAUAUUAUAUCAUGUUUUUUGCGGUAAAAUAGGUGUCAUGACUGAUAAGUGCUCGGGAAAUUAACAAAACAAGGCUAUGCCAUUGCAAAGCCAUAGGCUUCUACAAGCAAGCGCCACUGCUGAGGUUACUACCUUUUUGAAGAUUGUGUUCCACUAUAUAAUAUAACCAGUUGAUAUUGUUGUUUCAAGAAAUUAAUCUUAAAUGGCAAUUGUUUUUUUAUUGACUGAAAAAAAAAAAUAUAUAUAUAUAUAUAUAUACCGUAUUUUCCGCACUAUAAGGCGCACCGGAGUAUAAGCCGCAGCAGCUAAAUUGAAUGAUAUUGAAUGAUGUGUACAUAUAUAAGCCGCACUGGACUAUAAGCCGCAGGUGUUUUAAUGUUUUGAAUUACCAUAUGUAAGGGUUCGUGCACAGAGGGGAUUGUCGGGAAAGAGACAAACUGUUUCGCUCUCGUAAUGUCUGUCUGUAUUGCUCUCGUUCUGUCUCUCGUUCUGUCUCUCGUACCACUCUCGGUUCCACUUUUACUUUUGCGCGCUACCUGUCUCACUCUUUUCCGGUCUCCAGCUUUUCCUGCUGGAGCCCGCCGCUUAAAGGUGGGGGGCGCGGACCGGUCAUAGAGCCCAUAGAGUUAAAGUUGGUGGACUGUAACCUGUAAAAUCCAUAGAUUUAGGAGGUCUUCUAGUGGCCGUUAGCUGUAAAAAUCCAUAGAUUAGCCGCACCGUUAUAUAAGCCGCAGGGUCGAAAAUUUUGAAAAAAGGCGCGGCUUAUAGUCCGAAAAUUACGGUGUGUGUAUAUAUAUAUAUUUCACAGUGGGGAGAACAAGUAUUUGAUACACUGCCGAUCUUGCAGGUUUUCCUACUUACAAAGCAUGUAGAGGUCUGUAAUUUUUAUCAUAGGUACACUUCAACUGUGAGAGACGGAAACUAAAACCAAAAUCCAGAAAAUCACAUUGUAUGAUUUUUAAGUAAUUAAUUUGCAUUUUAUUGCAUGACAUAAGUAUUUGAUCACCUACCAACCAGUAAGAAUUCCGGCUCUCACAGACCUGUUAGUUUUUCUUUAAGAAGCCCUCCUGUUCUCCACUCAUUACCUGUAUUAACUGCACCUGUUUGAACUCGUUACCUGUAUAAAAGACACCUGUCCACACACUCAAUCAAACAGACUCCAACCUCUCCACAAUAGCCAAGACCAGAGAGCUGUGUAAGGACAUCAGGGAUAAAAUUGUAGACCUGCACAAGGCUGGGAUGGGCUACAGGACAAUAGGCAAACAGCUUGGUGAGAAGGCAACAACUGUUGGCGCAAUUAUUAGAAAAUGGAAGAAGUUCAAGAUGACGGUCAAUCACCCUCGGUCUGGGGCUCCAUGUAAGAUCUCACCUCGUGGGGCAUCAAUGAUCAUGAGGAAGGUGAGGGAUCAGCCCAGAACUACACGGCAGGACCUGGUCAAUGACCUGAAGAGAGCUGGGACCACAGUCUCAAAGAAAACCAUUAGUAACACACUACGCCGUCAUGGAUUAAAAUCCUGCAGCGCACGCAAGGUCCCCCUGCUCAAGCCAGCGCAUGUCCAGGCCCAUCUGAAGUUUGCCAAUGACCAUCUGGAUGAUCCAGAGGAGGAAUGGGAGAAGGUCAUGUGGUCUGAUGAGACAAAAAUAUAGCUUUUUGGUCUAAACUCCACUCGUCGUGUUUGGAAGAAGAAGAAGGAUGAGUACAACCCCAAGAACACCAUCCCAACCGUGAAGCAUGGAGGUUGAAACAUCAUUCUUUGGGGAUGCUUUUCUGCAAAGGGGACAGGAGAAGGUCUGUAUGGAGGAAUGGGCCAAAAUCCCUGCUGCAGUGUGUGCAAACCUGGUCAAGACCUACAGGAAACGUAUGAUCUCUGUAAUUGCAAACAAAGGUUUCUGUACCAAAUAUUAAGUUCUGCUUUUCUGAUGUAUCAAAUACUUAUGUCAUGCAAUAAAAUGCAAAUGAAUUACUUAAAAAUCAUACAAUGUGAUUUUCUGGAAUCGGCAGUGUAUCAAAUACUUGUUCUCCCCACUGUAUGUAUGUAUGUGUGUGUGUGUGUGUGUGUGUAUAUAUAUAUAUAUAUAUAUAUAUAUAUAUAUAUAUAUAUAUCACACAUACAUACAGUUGAUGUCGGAAGUUUACAUAUACCUUAGCCAAGUACAUUUAGUACUCAGUUUUUCACAAUUCCUGACAUUUUAUCCUAGUAAAAAUGUCCUGUCUUAGGUCAGUUAGGAUCACCACUUUAUUUUAAGAAUGUGAAAUGUCAGAAUAAUAGGAGAGUGAUUUAUUUCAGCUUUUAUUUCUUUCAUCACAUUCCCAGUGGGUCAGAAGUUUACAUACACUCAAUUAGUAUUUGGUAGCAUUGCCUUUAAAUUGUUUUACUUGGGUCAAACGUUCCGGGUAGCCUUCCACAAGCUUCCCACAAUAAGUUGGGUGAAUUUUGGCCCAUUCCUCCUGACAGAGCUGGUGUAACUGACUAAGGGUUGUAGGCCUCCUUGCUCGCACACGCUUUUUCAGUUCUGCCCACAAAUGUUCUAUAAGAUUGAGGUCAAGGCUUUGUGAUGGCCACUCUAAUACCUUGACUUUGUUGUCCUUAAGCCAUUUUGCCACAACUUUGGAAGUAUGCUUGGGGUCUUGUCCAUUUGGAAGACCCAUUUGCGACCAAGCUUUAACUUCCUGACUGAUGUCUUGAGAUGUUGCUUCAAUAUAUCCACAUAAUUUUCCUUCCUCAUGAUGCCAUCUAUUUUGUGAAGUGCACCAGUCCCUCCUGCAGCAAAGCACCCCCACAUCAUGAUGCUGCCACCCCCGUGCUUCACGGUUGGGAUGGUGUUCUUCGGCUUGCAAGAACCCCCUUUUUCCUCCAAACAUAACAAUGGUAAUUUUGGCCAAACAGUUCUAUUUGUGUUUCAUCAGACCAGAGGACAUUUCUCCAAAAAGUACGAUCUUUGUCCUCAUGUGCAGUUGCAAACCGUAGUCUGGCUUUUUUAUGGCGGUUUUGGAGCAGUGGCUUCUUCCUUGCUGAGCGGCCUUUCAGGUUAUGUCGAUAUAGGACUCGUUUUACUGUGGAUAUAGAUACUUUUGUACCUGUUUCCUCCAGCAUCUUCACAAGGUCCUUUGCUGUUGUUCUGGGAUUGAUUUGCACUUUUUGCACCAAAGUACGUUCAUCUCUAGGAGACAGAACACGUCUCCUUCUUGAGCGGUAUGACGGCUGCGUGGUCCCAUGGUGUUUAUACAACGUGGUAACUUCAGGCGUUUUGGGAAAUUGCUUCCAAGGAUGAACCAGACUUGUGGAGGUCUACAUUUUUUUUUUUCUGAGAUCUUGCCUGAUUUCUUUUGAUUUUCCAAUGAUGUCAAGCAAAGAGGCACUGAGUUUGAAGGUAGGCCUUGAAAUACAUCCACAGGUACACCUCCAAUUGACUCAAAUGAUGUUGAUUAGCCUAUCAGAAGCUUCUAAAGCCAUGACAUAAUUUUCUGGAAUUUUCCAAGCUCUUUAAAGGCACACUCAACUUAGUGUAUGUAAACUUCUGACCCACUGGAAUUGUGAUACAGUGAAAUAUAAGUGAAAUAAUCUGUCUGUAAACAAUUGUUGGAAAAAUUACUUGUCAUGCACAAAGUAGAUGUCCUAACCGACUUGCCAAAACUAUAGUUUGUUAACAAGAAAUUUGUGAAGUGGUUGAAAAACGAGUUUUAAUGACUCCAACCUAAGUGUAUAUAAACUUUCGACUUCAACUGUAUAUAUACACACACACGAGGCAAUUUAGCAAUUAUGAUUUAUCUGUAAUGGUUAUGAUAAAUUAGCCAUUGUUGUGCACUGUUGGCAUAUAGAUAUACGCACACAUAUUUUUUUCCAAUGCGGGCCUUGCCCUUGUGUUCUAAAAGUAGAUUUCUUUCCAUUCUGAGUACGCUGAAAAAAAUCAUGUGAGUACUCGGAAAAGUGAAUAUGUUGAAAUGACCAUCCCUACUAUAUAGUGCACUACCUUUGACCAGGAUCUAUAGGAGAAGGGUUUAGGGCCCUGGUCAAAAGUAGUACACUAUAUAGGGUGUUAUUUGGGAUGCUGCCUGUCUGUGGCCUUACUGAUGAGGCAGUGGAACCAAACACCACCAUGUGGCACUGCCCUGCUGUCCUCUCCCUGUGGGUCCAGGCCUGGGCACUGCCCUGCUGUCCUCUCCCUGUGGGUCCAGGCCUGGGCACUGCCCUGCUGUCCUCUCCCUGUGGGUCCAGGCCUGGGCACUGCCCUGCUGUCCUCUCCCUGUGGGUCCAGGCCUGGGCACUGCCCUGCUGUCCUCUCCCUGUGGGUCCAGGCCUGGGCACUGCCCUGCUGUCCUCUCCCUGUUGGUCCAGGCCUGGGCACUGCCCUGCUGUCCUCUCCCUGUGGGUCCAGGCCUGGGCACUGCCCUGCUGUCCUCUCCCUGUGGGUCCAGGCCUGGGCACUGCCCUGCUGUCCUCUCCCUGUUGGUCCAGGCCUGGGCACUGCCCUGCUGUCCUCUCCCUGUGGGUCCAGGCCUGGGCACUGCCCUGCUGUCCUCUCCCUGUUGGUCCAGGCCUGGGUCCCCUACAGCCUGUGCAUCUCUGACUGCUACAACAUAUGAAUGUGGUUGGUGAGACUGAUUGUGGGACUUCCUGGUUAAAUAACUAAAUAGAAACAUUAAAGCCUUCUCCAGACGUCAUCAGAUCUGAUUAUCUGCCCAGUGUGAAUGUGACCUGGAAAAAUAGACGACCUGGAAAUUAAUCCACCUAAAUCAUGGGGGGCAACCCAGUUGUCCUGACAACCCAGUUGUCCUGACCUAGUUCCACCUUGGCCCACUCUAUAAAUGUCUUCCUGUUGCUUUCAUGUACUCUUUUGUGGUACGUUUAUCUGGUGUAAAUGUGUUUUGGUGUACGUAGGGUUGCAUAAUUACAGCAACCUUCCCAGGUUGGAGGAUUCUGGAUUUCCUGCUUAUUCCUUCCUGAUUAUGGGAAUUUUAGUGAAGUUAUCAGAAUUUUGCAACCCUAUGUGUACUAAAUCAUAGGUUGAACCAGAGGACAGGAUCCUCAAAAAUGUUUAGAUGUGUUGGGGGCUCUUACUUAAGGUGUAUUGUAAGAAGUGUCCAGUAUUGAGGUCUGUUUCUCAGUUCUUUGUUUUGUUUUGUCUCUGCAGCUUAAGAAAGAAACCCAACGAGAGACCCGCCUACACAGAAUUAAUGGUUGGUUUUAGAUCCUCAUAAGCAUUUGUUUCUAUUCGUGACCAGUGAAUAUGUGUUGUUUUUCUCUCUUCAUUCAUGCCGUCUUUGUAAAGGCUCACUUCCUGUCUCCGUUUCCUCUUUGUCAUGUGUCCACAAGAGGACAGGCUUUCCCAAGUGAUUAGUCAAACCAUAAAGAUGAUGUAUUCUUGUAUACACAACGCAUGUUUAAAUCCUGUGUGUAAAUGUUUCUGUUGGACUACUCUUACUUUAGGAGUUGUUGACUCAUGGUGUUUUCUCAUCUAUUUCUUUUUACAGCAACAUCCCUUUUUCACCCUGCAUGACUCCAAAGAAACGGACGUAGCCAGCUUUGUCAAGAUCAUCCUGGCAGACUGA